GUUCCUUGGAAACCUCAGUGAAUGUUAUUUAAUUGUAAAUGCACAUGCAAAAUUGCAUUCUCUUUUGUCUGCAAAAUUGUAUGUGCAUGUAUGUAUUCCCAAAACUGGAGUCAAGUCUGAUAAGUUAAUUAAGAUAUUGUUAAGUAAUCUAGGCAGAAAAACGUUUUCUAAUAUAAUAAUGUUUAGAGAGUACUUACACACAAAUCGUAUGAUAUGUAUACAGAUGAAAUAUGAAUAUUUUAUUUACCCAUCUACCCCUUUUGAAUAAUCAAUGCCCCCAACGAAUACAGACAAUGCAAAUCCUCUAACAUACACACAAUACAAGAAAUUACGCUACAGUCACAUUACCAAAUAUAUAUUAAUAUGCCUUUACUUUACACAAACCCUUAAUACAAAUUUUUCAGGAUCAACGAAUGUAAUGCAAAAUGUACAUCUCUUUCACAUUUUUCGCCUAUUUCUGUUAAAAUAUUUAACACAUAAUAUGUAUUUAUAUAUAUUCUGAUUUCAGAUCCUUGCAAUGACAUACAUGUAAUGUUUCGUUACAGGAAAUGUUGUAAACAUAUCGGAAGAUGUCUGAUUCCCAAUAAAUCUUAUACACCUCCAUCCAAGUUCAUCCUGCAUUUAAUACGCCUGUCUGUUUGUCCGUUUGUUUGUCCGUCCGUCUGUUUGUCUGUCCGUUCGUCCGUCCGUUUGUAUGUCAGUUUGUCUGUCUGUUUGUCUGUCCGUUUGUCUGUCCGUUUGUCUGUCCGUUUGUCUGUCCGUUUGUCUAUCCGUUUGUCUGUUUGUCCAUGUGUAGCUUCUUCAGCAAUCACAUUUGUCUGGUUUCCUGAAUACCUAUUUAAAUUCCGUCUGAGAUCUUUAACUUUGAACAUAAAUAAUAUGAUAAAUGCUUUCCAUUUCAAGUCUAAUCCUUAUAUUUACAGAUUAACUACACAUGCAAAACCUGAUGACGUCGUCUCGUUAUUGUUCUAUUUAAAAUUAAAUCAAACAUUUAAAAAAUGUUUAAUUUAAUUUACACUUAAUUCAUUUGAUACGGGGAUUUUUAGUUGGGUUACUUACUUUUCGUUUUACAGGUAUUACAAAUAAUUUAGAUGCGUCAGGUUGGUAAACAUUCCUCGAUUUUAGAAAGUAGAACCUCUAUGAUGUCGAGAGACGAAUGGAGUAUGGAGUAGGGAGUAAGGUGAUAAGUGUCUCGUAUUCAAAGUUUGGCAGGAGAGUCGACUAGUGAUGUAGUAAGAAAAAUUAAAUUACUUGCCAGAAAAAAUUAUUCUUUUAGAAAUGACACCUAUGGCAUAACUUUUGAAGAACUUCAGACCCGAAAGAGAUUAUUUCUGUGUAAUUGCAUAUAUAUGCGAUUGUUUUUUUGCAAUACAAAGCAUACAAUGCCCAUCUUUGGGAUGAUCAUAAAUUUCAGUCUUAAAAACAUGCAUCGGAUACAUGACGACGAGUAUUCUGAGGAUGCCAAGGAAUCGGACUACAAGGGUUCAAUUCAGAAGGAGAUAUCGGUCAAGUCGCGACACCAAAUUUCCAUUCCAGAUAUAUGCUCAGAUGCUGUUAAGAACAACUGUUUUCCGUCGACGGGCUUUCUGAAUAACUCGAUCGCCUUUGCCUCACAUGUAGUUAAGUGCGGUUCUCCGGCCUCGAGCAUCGAUGAAUCCUCAUCGACAGCCCAGCACGAGUCCAAUCCCCACAUGCACAUGCAGGGUCAGCACAUGAUGGCCCCCAUUCCCGAUCUGGGUUUCUACAAUGUUCCCGAGUUCAUUUCCGAGCAGGAGAAGCUCAUGUUCUCCGACGCAGAGAGAUUCUUGAGGUCGAAAGAUAAUGAGGUGUGCAACAAUGAUUUCAGCUAUAUGCACGAUGAGUUCGCCAUGCGAAAGUACUAUCAUCCUCUAUUUGCUCAUGGCAUAUGCCGCUGGCCCGGUUGCGAAAUGGAUUUGGAGGACAUCACAUCGUUUGUCAAGCAUCUGAAUACCGAACAUGGUUUGGACGAUCGAUCAACCGCCCAGGCACGGGUUCAAAUGCAAGUUGUCUCCCAACUGGAAUCCCACCUGCAAAAGGAAAGAGAUCGCUUGCAGGCCAUGAUGCAUCACUUGUAUUUGUCCAAGCAACUUUUAUCACCCACCAAAAUCGAUAGGAAGGACGUGCCCGGAAGAGAAGGAAAGUUUUGCCGGAGUCCGCUUACAGUGAAUAGCAUAGGUCGACCCAUCCGCCAAACCAAUUCGCCCAGUCCUCUAAAUCUUCCAAUGGUUAAUUCCACCAACAUGUGCUCGAUCAAAAAGAGAAACCACGACAAAAAUACAUUUUCAAUAAAUGGCGGAUUACCCUACAUGCUUGAAAGAGCCGGGCUUGAUGUGCAACAGGAGAUCCAUCGAAACAGAGAGUUUUAUAAGAAUGCUGAUGUACGACCGCCUUUUACUUAUGCUUCCCUCAUAAGACAGGCUAUAAUUGACUCCCCUGACAAGCAGCUAACCCUAAACGAAAUCUACAACUGGUUCCAAAACACAUUUUGCUACUUCCGGCGCAACGCAGCAACGUGGAAGAAUGCGAUUCGUACGAACCUAUCCUUGCACAAGUGCUUUGUACGUUAUGAAGAUGACUUUGGCUCGUUUUGGAUGGUCGACGAUAAUGAGUUUGUCAAAAGGCGGCACUUGUCGAGAGGGAGACCCCGGAAAUAUGAACCGUCCUCCUCCCCAAAUUCAUGCCAAUCCGGCAAUGGUGCGCCCACUGAUAAGAAUCCCUGCGACAAUUGUACGCAACAUUGCACUAGUUUGCCCCCGGGGGCUGAUAAUCCCCUAGAUUCCAAUAAUCCAAAUGAUUUAGGCAGAAUCGGUUGUCUUCCUUUUUGCGGUAGUGAUGGUUUAAGUAAGACCUCUAAGGACUAUAGUAAUAUGGAUUCGGGUAUGGUCGAAAGUAACAGCCAUUUGGCAAUGGAUGAAUACUCUACUAAUAUGUACGAAAGUAGUGCCAAUGAGCACAAUCGAUAAAUAUAUCAUUAACUAUAAAUAUUUAGAUGCAUUGUCGAGUAACCUACGUUUGGUAAGAAGGUUCGGAUUCGGAAAUUAUAUCUGUACAUACACAUGGUUCUGUAUAAUUUCCGUAAUAGAAAUGAAAAAAUAAUUUUAAAAUAAAUUACACUAAUGCUAUAAAAUAAAUGAAAAAACUACGUUUAAUUAUUAAAGCAAACUUAAUGCGUUUAAAUUUGCUUUAAUAACACCACAUAUAAAAAGACUUUAAUAUAUUACAUAUAAUAUACAAUAUUUUGAUUUUUCAGCAAAAAAGCCUUUUAAAGUUACAUGGUUUAAAACUAUACCGAAACUGUUUUUAAGGCCGAAUAGGCUACCCUUAAAAAAAUUACUUUCAGAUAUUGAUCUAAUGAAAAACUGGACCCUUGGCAGCUUCAGAUUUGGGAACUCCUUAGUAAAUGUAUACUCUUUUUU